UGCACGGACAGAAGGAUCACUCCAGCGCUUCACAACAGCAGCAGCAAUAACACUAAUAUCUGUCAUCUGUGUAGUGAUAUUACAGUAAUAUCAGCGCGCGGGUGUUUGCAGCGCGAAAUCUCAUGCAUCUGGAUGAUUCAGCAGAGAAGAAGCAAACACCAGAUCUGCAGAAACAUCGCGUGUGUUUGAGUUUAUUUUGAAGCUGCACAAUGGAGAGCUGGUGUGAUGCUGAGAAGAGCCCAGCUCAUCUAUUUGAGUCCAAUGAAGAGGAAAAAUACGCAACCCUACAGAGAAGUGAAGGAACGAUGGAAGAAGAAGCGUUAGAGUCAGACGAGGAGAUUUAUAAAGUUAUUGAAAUAGAUGACAAUACAGAGUUUGGCCCAGGCUAUCACUCUUAUGAUGAAGAGGACCCAGAGCUACACAUACCUGCAGAGACGGAUGCUGCUUACAUGUCCAAAAAUGGGCACAUAUUGUGGAGUCCUACACCUCCUCCCAACGAACAUAAGAGAUUUCCAAGUCAUCUUUUCGAGAAAAUGACCCCUGGACCAACAAGCUUUGCGUGCUCCAAUGCCCAAGACAUAAAGUCAACGUUUGAAUUGUUUUUCCCAGAUGAGAUUAAAGAGAUGUUGAUGCAGAUAUCCAAUUUAGAGGGCAAACGUGUGUAUGGUGCUGCCUGGAAGGAUCUGGACUGGACGGAUUUGCAGGCCUUCAUUGGUAUCUUGAUUCUGAUUGGUGUCUAUCGAUCUAAGCAUGAGUCCGUGGAUAGUUUAUGGGAUGGAGUAUUGGGGAGGCCAAUUUUUCGUGCUACUAUGGCGCUCUACACCUUUAAAAGCUGGUCAAGAGUCAUCUGCUUUCGCAAAAGAGAUCCAGAACCAGGCCAAAAGAGUGGUGAUAAACUGGCACCAAUACUGAACGUCUGGGAUAAAUGGGUUGAACGCCUGCCGCUUAUGUACAAUCCAGGGCAAAACCUCACUGUGGACAAGUGCCUGGUGCCUUUCAGAGGACGGUGUCCCUUUAAAAUAUACAUGCAGUGCAAACCAGCUAAAUACGGGAUUCAAAUCUGGGCAGUUUGCGAUACCAAGUCCAGUUACGCAUGGAACAUGCAGAUCCACACUGGGAAUCCUGCAGACGGCAAAUCAGAAGAGGACCAGGGAAUGGGUGUGGUCCUGGACAUGACAUCCGCUUUAGAAGGACACAACAUAACGUGCGACCACUCCUUCACAUCGUACGCUCUGGGAGAGGAGCUGUUACGAAGAAACAUCACCAUGAUCGGGACCAUCAGAUUGAGCAAUCCUGAGCUUCCACCUGCGCUGUUAUCAGUAAAAGGCAGAGCCAUGAACUCCUCAAAGUUCGCCUUCACCGAUACACACACGCUUGUCUCUUACCAUCCCAGAAAAAAUAAGAACGUGCUUCUGAUGAGCACGCUGCACAGAGAAGACACGGAGAGCAGCAACGAGCUGAAGAAACCACAGAUGAUCCUGGACUACAACAGCACCAGAGGCGGAGUGGACAACUUUGACAAGCUCACCUCCACAUAUACCUGCCAGAGGAAGACCCUGCAUUGGCCCAUGGUGAUUUUCUUCAACAUGUUGGACGUCUCAGCCUACAAUGCGUUUGUGCUGUGGAUGGACUUACACCCUUCAUGGGAAGCGCAGAAGACAAACAGGAGGAGGAUCUUUCUGCAGGAUUUGGGAAGAGCUCUGGUCACACCACAUUUGCAAAGAAGAGAGCGUCUUCCUCGCUUACCGAACUCCAUCAAUAUGAUUAUUGAAGCACAAUCGGCUCCCGAAGAUAUCCAGCGAUGCAUCCCGCCAGUUACAGACCCCAAGAGGAAAAGGUGCGAGCCCUGUAACAGAAGCACCUAUGGUGGCAAAAGGAGAGACACCAAAACCAGAUUAACAUGUGACAAAUGCAACAUGUACAUUUGCAAAGCACACGCUGUAAUUACCACGCUCUGCUACCGAUGCACAAAGGAGUAAAUGCACUGCUAAUGCGCUAUGUGCUGUUUAAUUUAAUGUUGUGAAAUGUGAUUGAUGUUGUCUUGAGUAAUCAAGUGAUUGUUAACUUUAUUACGAAUGUUUUAAAUA